AAGAAAAAAAUAAAAUGGUAUUCUUAUAAAGGAUCUAUUAUGACUUAUAAAUGAUCUAUUAUGCUAAAAUUGGAACAAGAAAAACAUGUACUCCGCCAAAAACUAGCCAUAGCGGAAGAGGAAAGUGAUCAACGUGUCCUGGAAUUACAAUCAGAUCUCAGUGAACUAAAGGAUAAACUACAAGCGCAAGAUAAUGCAAUACGUCAAGCCGAAAAGGAAAAAACAGUUUUAAUCGAUGAAUUAACACACCAAAACACACGGCUUACCGAGCAAAUUCAAGAAGCUCAUGCCACAGAAAUGAAACUAAUGUCACAGAUACAGGAACUUAAGGAUCAGUACAGUUACAGAAACACAAGUCUACAAGAACAUGUGAAUAGCUUAGAAACUAUAAAAACCGAACUAAACCUCACAACAGAAAAACGGCAUGGCUUAGAAAGACAACUACAAUUAGCACAAGAAGAAAAAGAGUCCUUAACAUCUGCACUUGAAGAGGCUUCUGAUAGAAUACAUAUGCUGGAACGACACGCUCGUGAGCAAGAAACAAAAUUAGAGACAACUUUGCAAGCUCUGGAAAGAUCACAGCGUGAAAAUAAUGUGCUUAGUGAAAGAAUUGGAUCAGAUUCGAACUCUAGUGCACAUGGAAAAAAAUCAUUACAAUUUGAAAUGGAAUGUGAUGAAGAUGAUUCCAGUUAUUCCGAAGGAAAACCCAGUCAAAUGUGGGUGGAAGCACGUUCAGUAUAUAUACAAUUAAAAUCUUUAGUUGAUUCACUAAAAAUAAGUCAUGAUGAUGAUUCAGGCUUAAACUCAGACAUUUCAUUAGAUCUGGAAUCUAUGGAUAAUACAAUUUCAUCGUCUGGACGUACUGAAUGCAGUGAAGCUGUUGAGUUUCGGCAAGGCAUGUUGUCAGCUAUGUCGGACGAACUUACACGUUUAUUACUUAACCUUGAUGCUGGCAACUUCAAAAAAAUGUUAGACCAAACGCGAAAUCUUGUAUUGGAACAAGAAGAUGAAAUCAAACGUAGCCAUCAACUUGUUCAACAGUUAGAAGCAAAGCCACAAACAUUUGCGCUUCAACCAGGCGAAGGUAACUUAAGACCACGUCAAGACCUGGGCAGUACUGGCGUGGAGGAUAUGACGCUUUUAGAUGAUUUGCAUGAGGCUUCUUUGCUUUGGAAUUUAAGAAUACGUUACGAUAAGGGCAUAAUAUAUACAUUUGCCGGUAGCAUACUAAUUGCUGUUAAUCCAUAUAAAAUGUUUCCGGAUUCUUAUGGAUUGGAAGUAGCAAAACAGUAUGCAGGUAAACCCUUGGGCACCAUGCCACCACAUUUGUUUGCAAUUGGUGCUGCAGCACAUGCUGCUUUACCAUCGCCACAAGUGGUUGUCAUAUCGGGUGAAUCGGGCUCAGGUAAAACGGAGUCAACCAAAUUAGUUAUGCAGUAUUUAGCUGCAGUUGUACCAGGUGGUGGUUCUGCAUCAGCUGUUAUCACUGAACAAAUUUUAGAAGCUGCUCCAUUAUUGGAAGCAUUUGGUAAUGCACGCACCGCACGAAAUGAUAACAGUUCACGCUUUGGCAAAUAUUUAGAAGUUUACUUUAAAAAUGGUGCCAUUGUUGGCGCUAAGAUCACACAAUAUCUUCUCGAGAAAUCACGUAUUGUUACACAAGCGCCAGGUGAACGUAAUUACCACGUAUUUUAUGAGAUGCUCGGUGGUUUAUCGGAAGCGGAACGAAACAAAUAUGGUUUAUUGGAGGCGGAUAAGUACUUCUAUUUAAAUCAAGGAGCUACAGAUUGUGCACCGGGUAGAGUUGAUUGGGAUUCAUUACAAAGCGCUAUGCAAGUCUUAGGUGUUUUAGAGGGUGAACGGGAAGGUAUUAUACGCGUUUUAGCGUCCGUCUUGCAUUUGGGCAAUGUCUACUUUCACCGUAGACAGCUACGUCAUGGUCAGGAAGGUGUUGAAGUUGGUUCAGAUGCUGAAAUUAAAUGGGCAGCACAUUUAUUACAUAUUUCAGCUGAAGGUCUACAUCGUGCUUUAACUAGUCGCAUUACAGAGGCGCGUUCAGAACGUUUGCACACACCACUUGGUAUUGAUCAAGCGCUUGACUCAAGGGAUGCCUUUGCAAAAGCCUUAUAUGCCGGUUUAUUCAACUGGCUGGUAUCACGUAUUAAUUCUAUUGUACAGAAAGGUGGCACCCAUGACGCACAUCGUAUUUCUAUACUUGAUAUAUUUGGCUUUGAGGAUUUGGCCGAAAACUCAUUUGAGCAACUUUGCAUAAAUUAUGCGAACGAAAACUUGCAACUUUACUUUAAUAAACACGUUUUCAAAUUAGAACAAGCGGAGUACUCCCGAGAGCGCCUUGAAUGGACACCUUUAACGUGGGAUGAUAACCUGCCAGUAAUACAUUUGCUUGCUAAGAAACCUGUAGGCAUUUUCCAUUUAUUAGACGACGAAUCAAAUUUUCCACGUGCUUCUGACAUGAGUUUUCUAGAAAAGUGCCAUUACAACCAUGCACUCAAUGAAUUAUAUUCACGUCCACGUAUAGGUGCACAAGAAUUUGGUAUAACGCACUACGCGGGUCAAGUUUGGUACUGCGUUGAUGGGUUUUUAGAUAAGAAUCGUGACGCUUUACGAGGAGAUGUGCUCGAAUUACUUGCAUCUAGUAAGUUGCAAUUGGUUGCUGAUCUCACCAAACAAUUGCGUGCACAGCGUGACUCUGGUAAAACAUUACCGAAAGGUAAUAACGGUAGAUUUGUCACAAUGAAGCCACGUACGCCAACAGUAGCUGCUAGAUUUUCGGAUUCUCUCCAGCAGUUGCUGCAGUCAAUGGGUCGCUGUAAUCCAUGGUUUGUACGAUGCAUAAAACCGAAUAAUGAAAAACAUGCAUUGAAAAUGGAUAUGCCAUGCGUUUUACAACAAUUACGCUACCUUGGCAUGUUGGAUACGAUUCAAAUUAGACAGAAGGGUUAUCCUGUUCGAUUGAGAUUUCAACAUUUUGUGGAACGUUAUCGGCAUCUAAUGCAUACGCCAUUACCGCGUGGUACACCAUAUCGUGAGUUAUGUCGAAUUCUCUUAGAAUCCUUGCCGCAUACGGGUAUAGAAGGUCCUGAUUUCCAACUGGGUGCCACACGUGUAUUUCUGCGUGAAGCUUUACAUCGUUCGCUUGAAAGUGGACGCUCAGAUCGCCUCAGAACAGCAGCAAUUGUCAUACAAAAGAAUGUGCGCGGCAUGUUAGCUCGUCGUGUGGCUUUGCGAAAGAAGAGGGCCGCUAUUAGAAUUCAAUCGAAGUGGCGUGGAUAUAGAGAUAAAAAGAAAUAUGUGCACCUACGUAAAGCAGCAGUCAAAGCACAAGCACUAUGGCGAGGCAAAAAGGAUCGUAAGCGCGUGGUGAAGUUACGUGCUGAAUAUAAGAGGCGUUUGGAGGCACAAAAAGCACAAAAAGAAAGAGAAGCUAAACGAAUUGCCAAAGAAACGAUGGAACGUAAUCAAAUUGCAUAUCUUGAUAUACCUGCUGAAUUGGCAUUCAUAUUCUCAAAAACCGAAGGGUGGACUCCGCUUCAUGGAGAUCGACAUCUUGUUAAAGUUGUAGGUACAGUACCAGGGCCGCCUGUAGCAUCUGACAUACCCAAAGACUUGGAUCAAUUUGCUUUUGGUAAAUUUAGUUCGGUAUAUUGCAAUGGGUUACGUUUGUCGCCGAGACGUGAACCUAUCUCUACACCUUUUUUGUCACGAGCUGCUUCUCGAGAUCAAGAUUUUCAGGACGCUUUAGCUGUUUUCAAAUUAAUUUUGCGUUGGACAAAUGACAAAAAUUUAGAUGGCAAUAAGGAAAAAAUACUGUCGGAUUAUAUUGUGCAUAAAGGUCUCUCCUCACGUGGUCUCCGGGAUGAAAUACUUGUGCAGCUAUGUAAUCAAGCCUAUAACGCAGAUGAAGUACAAGCUCUGCGUAUUUGGCAGCUUAUGGCUCAAUGCCUGUCAUGCUUCCAGCCAGGCCCUGCAUUUAGCAAAUACCUUAUGAAAUUCAUUGCAGAUAAUGCUCCAAUAUCUAUGAAAGAAAUUUUGUUAAAGAAAAUAUUGCGUAAUACAGGGUAUUCGCAAACAAAUGCAUGUCGCACUUUUGUGCCAUCUUGGGUAGAAUGGCGUGCUAUAUCAAGACUAUCAGAUAUUGCGGUUGCAUUGACACUGCCGGAUGAUGUUAUUCAAACUGUAGCGAUUGAUUCAUGGACUUCGUGUGAAGAAGCUGCAUCAUUAGCUAUAUCAACAUUAGGUAUAUCAAAUCGUGGUUGGACGAUUAUAUUGGAUGAUGGAAAAGUGGUGACUGAUUCUUGUGGCUUAGAUUACGUGCUAGAUUUAAUAGCUGAAAAAGAACUUUGUCCAGCAUUCCCAGCCGUUCGUAGCGAUUUAAUGAAAUCAGGUGCUAAAUUUACAAGAACACUUAUGCCGGAAGGUGAAGUCAGUAGUCCUAGGCGACCUCAAGUACCUCCACCGGAACCACCAAAAACCAAAUCAACAUCAUCGAGAGACUCACCAUUAUCAGAGCCUCCAAUUGAUCCGCCUGUUAGAAAAACUUCGCGUGAUUUACUUUCUAGAAGUUCAGCACUAAAUGAAAGAUAUUUUGAGCAAGAAAAAUCUAGAUCUAAAUCAUUAGAUGAUUUGUUGGCAGGCGAUGCAACUGAACUUGAUCCAAUACCCAAACCCGAACCAUUAACUAAUUUGGGUCUCUCUGAAAGUCGUCUUAAUGACCGAUAUCAUUCAGCAGAACGUUUGGCACCUAUGAAUAAAGAACCAGGUCCCCGUUAUCAAAAAUCACAACAUGCCGGCCGACGUUCUCACGCUGGCUCACAUUCAAGUAAAUAUAUGGAUAAAUCGGAAUAUGCUACGCGCUCAUCAGCUAUGUCUGAUACAAGUGAAGCGCCUUCCUUAGCAUCACAUGUCCGUCGGGUGCGGGUACCUUCGCAAGCUUCAGAUGUUGAUCAAUUUCUUGAUGAUUUAUUCAGCCCAGUUUUGGAUGGUUCACUGGAUGAACUAUCUGAUGCACGAUCAUUGGCGGCAAGCAUAAGAGGGGGCAGAACUGCAACAUGUAAUACUAGUUCAGAAACAACAGACCACUUUGAUUUUCUAGAAGCACCCGAUCUAAUUGAUGCCGAAGAUAAGCUUGAUUGGAGUGCUGCGGUUAUAAGUAAAAAAAUUAAAGGAGGUGGUGACCAGCAGGGUGAGAAACCUAAUGGAAAUUUAGACGAGUACAUAACUGGGCUCUUCAAACCGAUAUUUGUCAACGAAGAAAUUAAAAUUUUAACCGAACAAGCAAAUCUUAUCGAAACUAUUAAAGGCGGUGGCACUACACACACGCAGAGUACUACAAGUUCAGGCUUUGUUAGUUCUCCAAUUGUGAGUCCCAUAAGUCCAUUGGUAGGCAAUUCUGAGAACUUAAUGCAAAUGAUAAAUAUACCGACAGACGCAGAUCCAAACGUCUAUCAACAUCAGGUGCAAAGAGCUUUUCUUCAAUCCGCAAUGGCGCAAAAUUUACAAAUUCAACAGCAACUUUUGGCACAAAACCAAGCUUUGCAGACUUUGCUUAGUCAACAAGACGGAACUGCUGGUACAACUUCACCGCCUCUUGCACCACUUCCACCAGUUCUCAACUCAAUGCAGCAAACAACGAAUUCCACAACGAGCAUCAACAAAUCAGUUGUAACAACUAAUAGUGUAACCAAUAAUGUCAAUAAUGUACGGAAACAAAGUGUCAAAAACAGAAUUUCACAGUUUUCUGAAAGUGAACGUAAUAGAAAAGCUUCUAGUGAUAGUGGCGGAUCAUUGAUUCCACCACCGCCACCUCCACCAAUGCCACCACCAGUUGAGGGUAAAGAUCCGUCUGAGACGCGUCACUUUCUCGAUCCCUAUGGCCGAGCUAAAACUGUACGUAUUGGUAAAUGGCGUUGGCCUCCACCACAAGAUGGACCACAAUUUGAAACUGAGGAAGACUUUUUUGCAUUCAAGAUGCGACAAAAUCAAAGAAAAAAUACACCACAAUCACAGUUUCACAGCAGUAAUGGUUCAUUAACUGGCUCAGCUAUUGAAUGGGAGGAGUUUGAAAUUGAAACUUCAAAAAGUCCGUCUCCACCGGCCAGUAUGCCAGUUCACACCUCCCAUAUGGUGCGCACAUCGAUAAAAAUAGAAACAAGUGGCGGCAAGAAUUUCAAUAAGGAAAUAAUUGAGCAGCAACAACAACAGCAACAACAACAACAGCAGCAAACAAUAGUUACAACGAAAAUUGCAAAGAAAAGCUUUGAAAUUGGUGCUGAUAGACCUCCACCAGGUAGUGUAGGUAAAUUGAAAUUAAGUUCUGAAAUGCGACAACGGCUAGAACAAGUCACAGCUGGUCAUUCCAUACGUUCAACAGUCAGUACAAAAUCCGAGCAACGUACACCAGCCAAAUUAGAAGAUACACGUAAGCUGAUGCUACAGCAGCAAUUGAGUGGUCAUUUUGCUAAUAUGAGUAACGCACCAGAUUCACCUUCAGUGCGUACACAGAUUGAACGAAUGGAAGGAAAAUUAUCACCACCACCGACUUGGCCCACAGUCGUACCACCAGCACCGACUGUACCUGCACCUCCACCACCCAUUCGGCCACCAACCGUUGCACCACCAGCUCCACCACCAGUGCCUAAGAGUCCGCCACACAAUGUACGUGUUGAGCUUGAAGACGAAAUAGAUUACCGUGGUGCAGGCAGUAAAGAUGUACCUGCAUUUAUACAACGUCAAGAACGAGAUACUUUUGGUGCACGACACAACUGGCAUGAGACAAUGGAAACAAAAGAAAACUAUGAUUCUUGGGGUAGAACUCAAGCAGCCAAACUUGACAUGGUGUAUGAAACGAGUUUUAAAAAGGAAAUUAAAAACGAUCGCGAACGAUCUAGAUCACGUUCUCGUUCACGUGAUCGCGACGAUUUUUCGGAGUCAGUAUGGGAUCGUACCGAGGUUGAAGGUCCAGCUUCAAGUGGUAGCGAUCGUGAAAGAGAAAAGGAGCGUGAAAAACGUGAACGCAUAUAUGAAAUACGACAAGUAGAACGUGAAAAAGAAAGUAAUAAAGUCUACCAACCAGCACCUCCAAAAGUAAUUACAGCUACAGUAGAACGUCACGACCGUUCAGUAAUUUCCAAUGCAAGUGAACAAAAGUUUUCGUAUCCAUCUCCGCUACCAUAUAGUAAACAAUCAUCACCUGUUAGUACGAAAGCAACAGCUGCAACUCCAGCAACAUUUCGAACACAUAUGGCACAAAAAUAUGAAAAAGAAAGAAAACGUAAAUCAUCUGCAUCGACAACAAUCUCACAGAGCACAAGACGCGAUGAAACCGAAACGGAUGUGGGUGAGGAAUGGCCAUUACCAGCCAUACCAGCGCCAGUACCAGCGCCUGUAUCCUUUAAAAAUCCCGCAACAGCUUGUCUAACGUACAAUCGAGUGCCAUGGAAAUUGCGUGUACGCAAAGAAGUCUUCCAUCCCAAUGAGGCAAUUGGAUCACCAGGCGCGCUUGAUUUACUUUUCGCACAAGUUGUAUCUGAUGUGUUCAAUAUAACGCCGUGUUUACGUCUAACGGCACAAGAAAAGACUGCAGCUAUUAAUAUGCUUAGCAGUCAUGGUGUGACUAUAGAAAGUAUACGUGGUCAAAACGUGCGUGCAAUUGUUAAACGAAAUUUGAUUGACAUGGCACGAGGUUGGCCAUUGUAUUUCGCACGCUUAUUUGCUGUGCAAGGUGCGCCACAAUUCUCCGAAGUUUCGGUAUUGGCUAUAUCGCACAAUGGCAUAUAUUUGGCUCGACGUGAUGCUGAUAAUCUUAUAGUGGUUCAAGCGAUAUCAUUGAAUGAUGUACAAAAUGCUGUGACACUGCCAAGACCGGCUUCAUUGCAACUGAACCUACGUGGUGGAGAACAUUUGGCUUUGCAUGCGAUGAGAGCAGCUGCUAUACAAGCAAUGGUUACCACAUUUGUACAGGAAUUUAGAAAGAAUCAUACCACUACAACCACAUAA